AUAUUUACACGCUACGGGAAAUGCUACACAUUUAAUUCAGGCCAAGAUGGGCGUCCCCUACUGGUGACAAUGAAGGGUGGGACUGGUAACGGCCUGGAGCUGAUGCUGGACAUCCAGCAGGAUGAAUACCUGCCUGUGUGGGGAGAGACUGAUGAAACGUCGUUUGAAGCGGGGAUUAAAGUUCAGAUCCACACACAAGAUGAGCCGCCAUUCAUAGACCAGCUUGGCUUCGGAGUGGCGCCAGGAUUUCAGACUUUUGUUUCCUGUCAGGAACAACGGCUGACGUACUUGCCCCCACCAUGGGGUGACUGCAAGUCCUCGGCAAUGGACUCAGACUUCUUCAGCACUUACAGCAUCACUGCCUGCAGAAUCGACUGUGAGACACGAUACCUGGUGGAGAACUGCAACUGCAGGAUGGUCCACAUGCCUGGAGAUGCCCCAUACUGCACCCCGGAGCAGUACAAGGAAUGUGCAGACCCUGCCUUGGACUUUCUUGUUGAGAGGGAUAAUGAUUACUGCGUGUGCGAGACUCCAUGCAACUUGACUCGAUAUGGCAAAGAGCUGUCCUUUGUGAAGAUACCCAGCAAGGCAUCCGCAAAGUACCUUGCCAAGAAAUUCAACAAGACUGAACAGUACAUUGCUGAUAACAUUCUGGUUCUGGAUAUCUACUUUGAAGCGCUGAACUAUGAAACCAUUGAACAAAAGAAAGCCUACGAACUGGCAGGCCUUCUGGGCGAUAUCGGAGGUCAGAUGGGUCUCUUCAUAGGAGCCAGUAUCCUCACUGUUCUUGAGCUCUUUGACUAUCUGUAUGAGGUGAUCAAGUACAAGCUGUGCAGAUGCAUGAAGAAGAAACACAAAGGCCGCAGCAACAACGAUCGGGGAGCUGUGCUGAGCCUGGAUGAUGUGAAACACCAUGCUCCUUGUGACAACCUGCGUACACCAUCUUCAUACCCCGGGAACAUGCUACCUCACCAUCCAGGCCAGGGCAACUUUGAAGACUUCACUUGCUGAGCAGACCUCAGUAAAGCAUCACCGUGCGUGUUAUGCAACCAAAGCCGACCGUGCAGCAAGAACUAUCUGACGCACAGACAGGGAGGAACUGAUGCUGAUGAAUAUAACAGAGGCACUUUUUACAUAGAAACUAAUAAUAAAAUAUAAAAAAUAUUAAACACGAUAAAAGGAUUUUCAUCUAAAAGCCAAGUGAAGACAAAAGCCCUGAAGAUUAAAACGUAUAUUUUGAUUUUUAGACAAACAUUUCAUGCAACGCUCGAAACUCUUUGCGUUUUCCUCUGGAAUACUGCCACAGCGGAUACUGGUGGAGAAGGCUGGCCAACAAGGAACCUUCUGUGAAAAAAAAAAAAAAAUAGGAAAAGAAAAAAACAUUAAAGGUUACUGAAAAUUGUACAGUAAUUUCACCGCAAACAAUAAAAAAACCUCCAUGCCUUUAUGUAUGUGAGACAAGAACAUGAUGCGACCAUAUGACCACCACAUCUGCUUCUGUGAUGAUAUUCAUGACGCUAACUCCACUGUACAUGUAGCAACACAAGGAGAGGAACAGCUGCUAUAGUCGGCUUCAGAAUGCAACUCUGCUCAUCGCUGAUGAGGACAUUUUAAUGGUGGGGGGAGCAGAAGCAGCAGCGGAGGUGAAACAAUUAACAUAUGAAAAUGUACUGGUGAAAAUUUCAGGUCUCAUUUUCAUGGUAAUGCAUGCUUGUAUCUGUCCAGUGCAUGUUUUUUUUUCUUUUCAUUUCUACUUCUAGUUGAGUUUAAUGUCUUCAUGUUCUGAACAUAUAAAUAUAUAUAUGAAUAUACAUUUACAUUGUAAUUACAAAGUCUGCUUCAGUGAUGAGCAGGUAGACGAAGAUGAUUUGUGUGUUUUUUGCUUACUGGUGUGUGUGUAGGGGUGUGUGUGUGUGUGCAGGGCGUCAUCUGUAAUGCCCAACCUGGUGAGUGUUGGCUAAUCGUCCUGUUCCGUUUCUCACAUGUGCCGAAUGAGUUGAAGAAUCUUCGCUCACCUUCAUUUAAGUUUGCAUUGACCUCAAAAAAAAGGUGAUUUCUUUUUAUAACUAUCGGUUCUAUUUCUGUUCAUGUUUAUUCAUGAAUAACUUGCAUUUCUCUGGGGCUGCUAGAAAUGUUCACUAUCUGUUAUCUAGUUGCAAAAGUCUUACCGAAGCACAAUAUUGCAAGUGUGUAGAGAUGAUCUAAAAGAAAACUUACUAUUGUUCUUGAUAUAUUGUCAUAUUAUGAUCAUGUUAAUCCCACUUUUUUUGUUUUGUUUUUUUUUUCAUAUCAUUCUUGUUAAGUUUGAAAUGACCAUUUCUGGUUCAGGGUAAAGGCCUGGCCUGUCCAUUUAGUUACCGGGGCAUAAAUAAAAUGUAACUAUGGUUUUUGAAAUUUGUUUGUCUUGUGAGGAUUUCUUCUCAAUAGCAAAUUAACUUUUAAAAGCUUUGAUUUGGUCGAGCAAACAGAGGCAGACGAUGUUUUUUCAUCACCAAGUAGAGUGUGAAGUUGUGUUUUUAAUCACAAGUUGCUCUUGGUAAAAUCUGAUUAAGAUUCAUCCGGGGUUACAUCAGCUAAUCAGCUUGUAAUUUGGAGUGUUGCCUUACAACACUUUAUUUUGAAUUAAAUCAGCUUUAAAAAAAAAAAAGGGUUUGGGGGAAACGAAUGUGGCAUUAAAGAAGAAAUGGCUUAACUCUGUCAACCCUUCAUUUGUUCCGCUGUUUAAAUGCUGUAAGCCACAAUGUUUCUGUUUUUUCGAGUCCAUGCCUUUAAAAUGUAAUUACAGUUUCAGUAGUUAAGUGACAAAAGGAUGGAUGGGGAAUAUCUUGCACUGCCAGUUUAAGUUUAAUCAAUAUUGUCAAUCAACCAGCAGUUGAACACUAUGGGCGACAACUAUUGGUUUUUUUUCUUUAGAUCUGCUGCUGCCAACUGGUGCACAUGUAGCUGUUAUGUGAUGCGUGACUUUCUUAAUAUUGGAACCCAAAAAAUAAUGUAUUUGCCGCUCGCUGUGUGAGGCGUCGUGGGUCAUCUGACGAGGAGAGCGGUCGUUUUGCCUUAUAAUUCUUUCAUGAUUUCCUUUAGCGGUGGACGCACACGUUUUUUUGUUGCCCAUCAAAAUUGAGAGCACAUUUAUUUUUUAUCAGUUCACAGGAGAAGCCUCCGCCGGUGGCUACACAUGAAUAUACAAGCUUAAAAUUUCACGCCAAGAAUCUGUUAUGUCUGAUGAAGACUUUACUGUGUUUAAAUGUGUGAAACAUGACUUUUCCCUCCAGCGGUUUUUUUUAACUGGUGUUGUACCUGCCGAGAAGACAAAUUAAUUAAGAAAUAAAGAGUGAAGGUGUUCAUUUCCUGCUGGCAUUUGUGUCUUUGUCUACUCGACAGCCUGCAGCUCAAAGAAUUGUAAAGAGGGUCAGGAUACAGGAGAGCUGCCUGCCAGUGACAGAAAUCCUGCAGGAGAUGCUUGCUGCAUCCUGAUAAGACU